AAGGAUUAGGUUAAUUUGAAGAGGAGGUGCUGCAUGUGUGUGGUUUGUGUGCAGCGCCGGGGCGAGCUGUAUCUCGGUUACAUUGUGUUUCGGAAUUGUUACUUUUUGAAACAAGAAUCGGCGACUUUGCUGUGAGUGAUCAGGCGGGGGAUUGGGGAGUUUGCAGCUGGAGCCGUGGGGAAGAUGCUGGGUUUACUGAGGAGGACUCUUGGUCGCCGCACGGUGCGCCGGCACGCUGACCGGGAGAAGCAGAGGGAAGCACAGCGAUCAGGGAUCCACAUCCCCGCGGCCGGAGACUCCAAAUCCAUCAUCACCUGCAGAGUCUCCCUCCUGGACGGCAGCGAUGUCAGCGUUGAUCUACCGAAAAAAGCGAAAGGCCAGGAGCUUUUUGAGCAAAUCAUGUACCAUCUCGACAUCAUUGAGAAAGACUAUUUUGGCCUUAGGUUCAUGGAUUCUGCCCAAGUAGCGCAUUGGUUGGACAACACCAAGAGCAUCAAGAAGCAAGUGAAAAUUGGUCCACCGUACUGCCUUCAUUUGCGGGUGAAGUUUUACUCCUCUGAACCAAAUAAUCUUCGUGAAGAGUUAACAAGGUACUUAUUUGUACUACAAUUGAAGCAGGACAUCCUGAGUGGCAAGUUAGAAUGCCCUUUUGACACAUCAGUCCAGCUGUCAGCCUAUGCCAUUCAGGCUGAAGUGGGUGAUUGCGAUCCCUCGGAGCAUGGCCCAGACUUUGUGUCAGAGUUCAGAUUUGUGCCAAAUCAGACUGAAGAAAUGGAACUCGCCAUCUUUGAGAAAUGGAAAGAAUGCAGGGGUCAAUCACCAUCUCAAGCAGAAACAAACUAUCUCAAUAAAGCCAAAUGGCUGGAGAUGUACGGAGUGGACAUGCACAAGGUCAAAGGAAGAGAUGAAAAUGAAUACAGCCUGGGCCUGACCCCGACAGGAGUCCUGGUAUUUGAAGGUGAAACAAAGAUUGGACUCUUUUUCUGGCCAAAGAUCAUCAAACUGGAAUUUAAGAAAAGCAAGCUAACUCUUGUAGUAGUGGAAGAUGAUGAGCAGGGGAAAGAACAAGAGCACACCUUUGUAUUCCGACUGGAUCACCCGAAGGCUUGCAAACACCUCUGGAAGUGUGCUGUGGAACACCAUGCGUUUUUUCGACUGCGUGGACCUGUCCAGAAGAAGUCCAACCAGAUAGCCUUUGUGCGGAUGGGCUCCCGGUUUAGAUACAGUGGAAGAACGGAAUACCAAACCACCAAAAUCAGUAAACCACGACGUCAAGUGUCUUUUGAGCGGCGGCCUAGUAGACGCUACUCGAGAAGAUCAACACAGCAGAGAGCGAAUCCUUUCAACAGAAACUUGGAACCAAGUUCUCACAUUAAUGCAGCAAACCAGAAACCUGCCUCCCAGACGGCAAUGGUGAGGUCAGCCAUCCCUGUUACAGCCUCAUUACCCAGUGCCACUGGACCGAUUGAAAUAGAGAACCUUCCCAGAAGCCCAGGCCUGAACCAAUCUGAGAAGAGGAGCGUGCAAAUAGACUUAUUAGAUACCAAGGAGCUCCUGGAGACCUGUGUCGAUGAAGUCGUAGCAAUGCCUGUUGCCAUGACAGCAACAGGGAUUUCAGAAUCUUCGGUUCAAAGUUUGACCUCUGGAACAAACGAGAGCGCACGUGACAAACCAGAUUCAGCAGCGCUGGAUGAAGUCGUAGCGAAACUGAAACAGCUCCAGAUAGAGAGCAGUCCUUCUCCUGGGACCAACCCCAAAAUAAACCUCACCAUGAAUCUCAAUGGCCAGGAGGACACGGUAAAGUUGUUGGACAGGGACCUCAAGAACACAGUCGAUACCAUUUGCCCGACCCUUUCUGAGGGUGUGAAAAGUAAUAUUGUGAAAGCACAGCCAGAGGUUGCUGUGAAGGGGCCGAGAGAUGAUACCAGACUGAAUGAGAAAAUCUCCAACCUGUUUGACGCAGCCUUCGGGGGACCAGAAACCACCGACACCAUUUUAUUCACAAGCAAAAUCCCAGAGCGCCCAGGUGCCAGGGGCCCGCUGAAACCCAUUCCAGUUGGCACCCCUUUCAAUCUUGAUGAUCUGAUUGAGAAGGAGACUGUUCCCAACUCUGAGAUUCCAACAAUCCCCCUGACUUCAGUUCCCAUAGAUGCACCCAGUGACUUUCCAGCUCUGAAGAAUGUUGCUGAGGAUUUGGACAACCUGUUAUCGGCACUGAGUGAGAAUCUGAUCGAUUUCACGGACCCCACGCCAGCGGACAUGGUGGUUCCUAACGGGAUGAUUUUCAGUCGCGACGUCUCUUCCACUGUAAUGGCACCAAAACCAUUUGCUGAACCCACACUCUUUCCAUUUCCGUCUCACACUCCAGCUCAACAUUCCUUGGAAUCAACAUUUCCAUCAACUCCCAGCAUUAUCACAAAGAAUGUGGAGAAGACUGUGAAGCCCAAGGGAUUAUUGACAACAGAGUUGUGAGGAAUACAGAGCUUGCCUUUGACCCAUUUAUAAAGUGAAAACAACAGUCAAAGGUGUCUGCCUUCAUUUAGAAUCCUAAGAUAUUCCAUGUGGAAUACCCAAACAACACUUGAGACCUCCUUUUGUACAGAAUCUGAGCUCCACACUGCCUCCUUUAUGAGACAGUGGCUGUAGGAAUAGUCCCCUAAUGGAAUCUUGCUUUUCAGACCCACUACAAAAGUAAGGUUUUAAUUUCUGUUUGAGAAUGUGAAUUCCUCCUAAGCUGCUUAUGGGUUAAAGCUACUGGAAAAACAGUUCCAAGUACAGAAGGUUACUCGGAAUGUGGACCAUUGUUUCAUCUCAAAGAAUAAUCUAUGUUUACCGGCAAGAGGAAUAGUUCGUGCUGACUACUGCGAGCAAGGAGGAACUGUUGUCAGAAGCUGGCGUGACAGUAAAGGAGCCAGUUUCUGACUGAGUGGGAAUAGUGCAGGUUGGAAAUGAAGGUAAAACACUGUAGUCCCGAGUCUCCAACCCAAAUUCUCCAGUUAGCUUUUCUUUCCACAGGGAUCAACUCUGCAUUUUAUGAAGAGCAGACAUUUCAACAUCUCAGAGAUAUUAAAUUCUGAGGCACAUUCCACAUAGAAUCUGGAUCAAACUCCAGUAUAUCCAAGAAGGGGGUCUGGGAGGCGGAAUCGGAAGUCUGGAGAGAGAUGGUAGCACUGAUGUGGAUGCCGGAUGACACUGAAUUUUUUUUUAAGUUUCCUGAUGCUCUAGCAGUAGUUUGAAAAACUUACUAAUUUUUCAAAUCCUAGGUAAGGAGGGCAGGGGGAAGAGACCAUUUCACAAUGCAAGGUGAUCUGAGCCUAAUCGAAAAAUAUUGCACUUUUGGCAAUUGUUCCCUCACCUGCACAAGAUGCCAGUAACCACCAGAAGAAUCUUGGAAACGCCUGGUCAAUCAAUGAUGGUUUCAUCUGACAUUUCUUUAUCAGAUAUCAGAAAUGUAAAAGACAACAUUGUUUGGGAAGAUGACAAAAAGAAGCUAAAACGAAAGAAAAACUGUGACCAUGCAAUUUCAAUCAGCAAUUCUUCUGAUACUGUAAACUUUUCUAUUGGUUUCCAUGUUGAAUUUACAAUUUUGUUUUAAUCUCCUUUCCAUUUCAAUCUGUUUGUUGCCUGUUUCUCUCAACACCCCACUGAUCCCUAAUGCCCUACAGCAUACCUGCUGCUGUAUCAUAAUUGGAUUCUUAAAGAGCUGUUUUUGUGUUUCCCAGAAUAAUCUACUCCCCACCUCCCUCUAUGCACAGAUUGCUCACUCUGCUGGGAAGGUUUCCCUGAUUUGUGAUGGCCAGAGCAAUUCAUUCCAUGAGAAUAUGGGAAUGGCUGCAUGCUACAAGUGGAAGAGAUGCCUAUGGUUUUGUCAUACCUGAUGCAAUAUCCCUCAUCAUUCUGUUCUGUUCUCUCUCUUCCCCAACCCCACCCAACCCUCGAUCUCUCGCCUGCCGCGCACACACACACACACACACACACACACACACACACACACACACAACAUGAAGUAUAAAACGUACUCUGACUAAUCCUCCCACUCCUGCCUGACGUAUUCUGCUGGUUUCAUACUAGUUUAAUCCAACUGGCCACCUGUCCUCAGGGUCUACUGUUGAAACUCUUCCUUAGGUCAACAGAUUGUACAUGGAUCAGUGUGCCCUUUAAAGUUCUUCAAAUCAGAAGUGCAUAUCCUUUCUUUGAGAGGGAAGACGUCUCUGGUCUAAUUAGCACCUUUUCUUGCUGGAGCCAUGAUCGGUCUUUUGUUAAUCAUAGGGUUGUAAAACCCACUGCAUUCACCCAACUCCUUCUCUAAAUUAUGUUCAACUAUUUAUUACUAUUUCAUUGCACAUUUUACUUAUUGUGGGGUGGAGUGGUACUGUUUGCAUUUGUCCCUAUGUAGUAUGGCAAAAAUUUUAUUAACUGGCUCCUGUGGGACCAGAAGUGUGUCAGUUGAUCAAAUAUUCCAGAUAAUCAAGAGGCCCACAUGAUCAAUGUAAAAACACUAAGUAAUUGAAACUAAGUAAUGCAGGGGUUAUAUACAUCACUGUUAUAUUUUAUUUACGGCAUAAAUCACUUAAAUCAUAAUGAAACUUUACCUUCAAUAAAAUUCACCAGCAGAGAGCCUUCUCACUUUUGCAGCCUCAACUAACUGUUCAAACAUUGCGAUAAUACAGUAAAUAUCUGGUAUUUCAGCUAUAUAAUUUUUGCCGGUUUAUUGGGAAUGCUGGUUCAUAAGGUACUAGAUAAAACAAAGUUUGCUGUAUUCAUUCUUACUCCUCUUCACUGCUUCCUAACAGCCACUCUUUGCUUCCUUUCACCUCCCAAGCUAGUGUUGUUUUGACUGCAACCUCUGUAGUUCCCUAGCUGAUAGUGGAAAUUGCAGUGCCUCAGUAAUUGUGUUGUUAUCUGAUAACCUUUCCCCAAGAUCCCAGCUUUGCUCAGCUCUUUGCACUAGCUCACAAUGUUGUGUGUUCAGCCUCUAUACCAGGACACCCUGUGGUGCGAUAUAUUGUUAACCUUUGAGGUGAUUCACAUCAUGAACUGGAAUCCUGCUUGUUUGGGAGGGUGGUGAAGACCUCAUGGCCACACCUAAAGGACAGACAAUUUACCCCAGUGCUGAGUUCUGUUACUCCCUCAAUGCUUAAACAGUGAUUCACCCUUCUGCUAUUUUUAGGACAUUAAUGUAAAUUUCAAACAGCGAUGUAUUAACAUAGUGUUUCAACUUUUAAAUAUACUUUCCCCUGUAUUGAAUUGCGUUGGGAACUUUAACCAGCUCAUUCGGAUGGUGUUAAUGUUUCUAAAUAGGAAUCUUAACCACAACUCUUACUUUUGUAUUGAAAGUGUAUAUUUUUUUAAGUAUAGUUUAAUCUUGUCUAGUCACGAGGAUAAGUCUCUUGUUAUCCGAAGUUCUAAAAAUUGUAACUGAAUGACAUAGAGGGGCUGGGGUGUAAACCAAUUGAGUGUUGUGGUCACAGUUUUUAAUGACACCAGGCAGCUGAUAUGAUUUGAAAUGGAAACACUGACAGUAAUUCUCCUCUUAAUGUAUUUUUAUAACCUUACAUUUGUUUACUUUGUUGUGCUCCCUACUGAAAAUUGAGGGUGUUCAAAACACACAAGGACAGUGUGGUGGCCUUCUAAGCUUAUCUUCAUCAAACACUCUGGUUAAAGGCAAGUUGACAUUCCUAUGAAAAAAAGUAUGCAGAAUCCCGUAAAGAAUAAUAAUUUGUUAUACUCCUUUGAGGCUGAUGUCUAAUCUUAGCUUUAUAUCAACAUGAUUUUAAUGAUGUAAUUUGGUGUUAAGUUUAUGUAUUCUGUGAGGUGAGGAUGCGACAAUUCCUCAUGAAGUGAUCUUGUGUUGUUUUGAGUUUGAAGCUGCUGUAUUCAGUGCAAAGCAAUGUUUCUGUGAUUUCAUGUGCCCAAACAAAACCCAUUGCACCCAGGUCAAGACUGUCUCCUUCCUUUGAGGAUGCCUCAAAGAUGGCAUUAUGAUCUAUUUGGUCUGUUUUAUUCAUAGGAAAUAAAACCUAGAAUAUUCAUCAGGUCUGGCAGGCAUCGGCACAGAGUAAACCAAGUUGAAACUUCUGAUUUCAGUCAAGUUGACUUCAGAAGAUUAAAAGCAAACCAUGUAGAUGCUGGAAAUCUGAAAUAAAAACAGAAAAUGCUAGUGAAACUCAGUAGG